UUAUGAUGAUAAUGAUGAUAAUGAACACACUGCGCGCGGUAAUCUAAUAACACUGUGUAACAAUCUGACGCUGGUGCGCAUAAAUUUGACUAAUUACAGGAUUGUAUGUGCGCCCUGUGGAUCUUAGUGCGCGAGGAAAUUCAAUAUGAGUCCAAUCCAGGUAUGACUCAACGGCCCCUCGGCUCGUGCACAGGACGCGGCGGUGUGGUCUGCAUCAACACCCCAUUUGCACUUUUCUGCACAGAGGAACGCUGCGUAAAAAAACCCAAAGCGCACUGAAGGAAGGUUUCCUUGGACGCGGUUUUGGACGGUGGACACGCUGGACGCGGAGCAGGACCCACGCAGGAGGCACACACCGGACACCGUAUUCUUCGUUUGCGGCUUUAACACGAUGGAGCCUGCCUUCGGUGAGGUGAACCAACUCGGUGGGGUUUUCGUGAACGGCAGGCCGCUUCCCAACGCCAUCCGGCUCCGGAUCGUGGAGCUGGCCCAGCUCGGGAUUCGACCUUGUGACAUCAGCAGGCAGCUGCGCGUCUCCCACGGCUGCGUCAGCAAGAUCUUGGCCCGAUACAACGAGACCGGCUCCAUCCUCCCGGGGGCCAUCGGAGGCAGCAAGCCGAGGGUCACCACACCCACCGUGGUUAAACACAUACGGACAUACAAGCAGAGAGACCCGGGAAUUUUUGCCUGGGAGAUCCGGGACAGGCUACUCGCAGAUGGGGUGUGCGACAAGUUCAACCUGCCCUCCGUCAGCUCCAUCAGCCGGAUCCUGCGCAACAAGAUCGGGAAUCUGACCCAGCAGAGCCAGUACGAGUCCGGCAAGCAGGGGCCGCAUCCGCCACCCCAACCAACGAUACCCUACAACCACUUAUACUCUUAUCCGACCUCCAAAGUGCCCACUCCCCCCGGCAUGCCCACCCUCCCUGGACACAUGGCCAUGCACAGGAUAUGGCCCUCGUCGCACUCCGUAACAGAUAUUCUGGGGAUACGGUCUAUUACAGAGCAACAAAUUAGUGACAGUCCAUCCUUUCCAAGCACCAAACUAGAGGAAUGGAGCGCUAUAAACAGGACUAAUUUCCCUCCAGCAAGCUAUGCACUAGUCAAUGGCGUGGAUAAACCGUAUUUAGAAUCUGAAGCAAAAUACACACAGACGCCGAGUGGAUUGCCCACAGUGAACAGCUAUGUCACAGCACUCAGCAUCCCUCCCUACCACCCUCCCACCCAAGUGUCACCCUACAUGGGGUACAGCGCCACCACCUCGGCCUAUGUGACCGGACCCACAUGGCAGCCGGCCAGUGGCAGUGCUCCCUCUCCCCGCAGCUGUGACAUUGCGGAGCCACUGGCCUUCAAGAGCAUGGCAGCCGGCCACGACGCCAUCCACACCGUCACCGCCUCGGCGCUGUGAAGACUGAUGCUGACGGAAGAGGAGGAGACGGGGGGACGGCGAAGACAGGAGACACCAAGUCUGUCCCCUGUGGCUUCAUCCAGCCUCCUCUCUAUGAAGGACUCGGCCUCAGGACCUGUAUUUGUGCCAUUCUGCAGGCGACCCCCCUCCUCCUCCUCCUCGUCCUCCUCCUCACGAGGAAUAAACAGUCCAUCAAUUUUUACUACAAACUUGUUGUGUGAAAGAACUUGCAGGACAGGUGUAAACUGAAGGACUUGAUGUAUGACUGCUCCUCCAUCCAUCAACACACCUCCUCUCAGAUUCUUUAACCGCACACUUCUGCAAAAUGUCUUUGGGCAAAACGGGGUAACGUAUAACUUCAUAAACACAAUCAGAGAAGAGGGGAAACCUUUGCAUUAGUGUUUCAGGGUGCUUCAUAACUGCUCUUGUUUUUAUAUGUUUGUACGCUUUGUGUUAUUGUGUUACGUUUUGAUAAAACUAAGUGUCUUAUGGAGCGUUUUUUCCCACUUCUCUAAAAUGUAGCUUAUUCAAGAGCUCCACAGAGAAGUUUUAUUUAUUAGAAUUAAGGUACGUUGAAUGAAGUGCAAUUAGCCGUACAGACAGCAUGGAGGUCUCCACGCAUGUUCAGACAAAAUUGGCAUGUGUCUCAUGUUGGAGUCGAGAGCAUUAACAAUGAUAAAUGUUGCACAAUGAAAUUGAAUGUAUCUAAUUAAAUUGUUUGGCUGUUAUUGGUCUUUGUGGAGUUUUGCAGCUUGUUUGAGGAAUCUAAAAAGUGCCAUCAGAGCUAAAAAAUGUUCAUUCUCUCUCUAUGCCUGCAAGUGUAUCAAUGCUAAAUCCAGGGUGUUGUUGCCUAUACUGGCCUGAUUUGCAUGAGCAGGAAAGUGCUUUCCAUAAAAACAAAAAUGUACGCACUCAGAGCCUGUGUUUCCAAAAACAGAGCGUGCAGGCUAACUAGAAAACUUCAUUAGAAAUAUAAGCAUACAAAGUGUGUCACCACAAAACGCAAUUCUUUUCACCGUGGUCAUUAGAAUAGCACCACCUCAUUUCAUUAAUUAUGGUCCUCUCUAGAUUUUCAAUCGUUUAAGUCAAAGGUUAA